AUGGCGCUCGUUCAGACUAACCCGGACGCCUAUGUCAUCAAGCCCGAGGCUGCAGCGCCUGCUAUUGACACCAGCGACUGGCCCCUGCUGCUGAAGAAUUACAGCGAAUCUAACAUGCCCGCAGUGCUCGUACGCACAUCGCAUUACACGCCCAUUCCCCAAGGAUGCGCGCCGCUGUCGCGAGACAUCAAGUCGUACAUUAGCUCGGGUGUCAUCAACCUCGACAAGCCCUCGAACCCAUCUUCUCACGAAGUCGUGUCCUGGGUUAAGCGCAUGCUGAGAGUCGAGAAGACUGGUCACAGCGGCACCCUCGACCCCAAGGUCACCGGCUGCCUCAUCGUCUGCAUCGAUCGCGCGACCCGUCUCGUCAAGUCCCAGCAGGGAGCUGGAAAGGAGUAUGUCUGCGUCAUCCGCAUGCACGACAAGCUCCCAGGAGGCGAGGCACAGUUUGCGCGCGCCCUCGAGACCCUGACUGGUGCUCUUUUCCAACGACCACCGCUCAUUUCGGCCGUCAAGCGCCAACUCCGUAUCCGAACCAUCCACGAGAGCAAGCUGUACGAGUUCGACAACGAGAGGCAACUCGGUGUGUUUUGGGUGAGCUGCGAGGCGGGAACCUACAUCCGUACUCUGUGCGUGCAUCUCGGUCUUCUGCUUGGUGUCGGCGCACACAUGCAGGAGCUGCGCCGUGUCAGGUCUGGAGCCAUGGACGAGACCAAGGACUUGGUCACCCUCCACGACGUUCUCGACGCCCAAUGGCUGCACGACAACAACCGUGACGAGUCCUACCUGCGCCACGUCAUCUCUCCUCUCGAGAGUCUCCUUACCAGCUACAAGCGUGUUGUCGUCAAGGACAGCUCCGUCAACGCCAUCUGCUACGGUGCCAAGCUCAUGAUCCCGGGUCUUCUGCGAUUCGAGAAGGGCAUCGAGAUCCACGAGGAGAUCGUUCUGAUGACCACUAAGGGCGAGGCGAUUGCACUUGCGUACGCGCAAAUGUCGGCUGUUGAGAUGUCUUCGUGCGACCACGGAGUCGUUGCAAGGAUUAAGCGUGUCAUUAUGGAGCGCGACCUCUACCCCAGGAGAUGGGGUAUGGGCCCAGUUGCGACUGAGAAGAAGAAGAUGAAGGAGGCCGGCACUCUCGACGUAAGUGUGAUAUUUUCACUAUUAGGUAAAUAUGGCCGCCCCAACGAGAAGACCCCCGCCAAGUGGAACACAGAGUACAAGGACUUCAACAGGGUCGAGGGUGAAAGCUCCGCACCUGUUGCCCAAAUCACUUCUUCCGCCGAGGCCCCCGCCGUACCAGAGGCUGAAGCCGAGGCCGGCGCAGCCAUGGACGUUGACAGCAAGAGCAGCAAGAAGCGCAAGGACCGUGACGAGGACGACGAAACGCCCGAGGAGAAGGCCGAGCGCAAGCGCAAGAAGAAGGAAGAGAAGGCAGCAAAGAAGGCCAAGAAGGAGAAGCGCAAGAGCAAGGCUGCGGACAGCGACUCUGACUAA